CGGCAGAACACUAAAUUUUAAAUUGCACAAAUAUUUGGUAUAAAGUGGUGGAAGUUUGGGAAAACAGGAAACCAGGCCAAAUGUGUCUUUCAAGUUAUUCACAUCUACAUACCCAAAUAGAAUAUUGCCAAAAUGCUUUGGAGUUUUUAACUGAAUCUAAGAAAAGUCCAAAAUAGAUUUGAGACUAUAAAACCGAAGCUGCAGCAAAGGGCGAUUCAGUGCCAAUGCAUCAACAAAAAAGACAACCAGAGUUAGUGGAAGGAAAUCUUCCUGUUUUUGUGUUUCCCACGGAGCUCAUAUUUUAUGCAGAUGAUCAGUCAACACAUAAGCAAGUGUUGACUCUGUACAAUCCCUAUGAGUUUGCCUUAAAGUUCAAAGUUUUGUGUACUACUCCAAAUAAGUAUGUUGUCGUUGAUGCUGCAGGUGCAGUAAAGCCUCAGUGUUGUGUGGAUAUUGUGAUUCGUCACAGAGAUGUUCGAUCCUGUCACUAUGGUGUAAUAGACAAAUUCCGUCUCCAAGUUUCCGAGCAAAGCCAGAGGAAGGCUUUAGGAAGGAAAGAGGUUGUUGCUACUCUUCUUCCAUCUGCAAAAGAACAACAAAAGGAAGAAGAGGAAAAAAGAAUAAAGGAACACUUAACUGAAAGUUUAUUUUUUGAGCAGUCAUUUCAACCAGAAAGCAAAACUGUCCCCUCAGGACCUAGUUUACUAACCAUCUUCCUGGGAGUGGUGUGCAUUGCAGCCCUGAUGCUGCCUACACUGGGGGACAUGGAAUCACUGGUGCCUCUCUACCUCCAUUUAAGUGUGAAUCAAAAAUUAGUGGCUGCUUACAUCUUAGGUCUUAUCACAAUGGCUAUACUUAGAACAUGAGCGAGGAUUUCAGCUGACUUCUGAAGUAAAUUUAUCUUAAAUAUGAGUGUGGACUGCCUUUCUCUAUUUCACUCCAUUAUCAUGCUACACAUAAUUGAAUGAUUUCAAAUAAUUGUAAAUGUAUAAUAUAUAUUUUAAAUUACUGUAUAGUUUUAUUUGAAGGACUCUAUCUAGCACAUUAUGUUACAGACAGCAAGGAUGCUUCUGA